UAAUUUUGCCGCUUUUGGAUGCCAAGAAAAUUCGUUGGGAGCACCGGGAGUCAUAAAAACAAAGCAGAAGAAGCCUUUGACCCUUUGUUUACCAGCUACUUUUCAACUUCCGCCGUACGCCCCCACUGCCUCAUUUUGAUUCCUCGUAAUCUGUGGCUACAACAGUGCGCAAAGAAAAUCCGAUGGCUCUCUAGAUAACCCAGUGUAGAUGAGGAGGAAUUAGGUGAGGAGUUACAAGAGUGCGCAAAGAAAAUCAGAUAGCUCUCUAGAUAGUCCAGUGUUGUAUUAUAUUAUAUAUGGAGGAAUGAUACUUGGAGAUGAGGAGGAAUUAGGUGAGGAGUUUGAAAUACAGGUGAAGUGAAUCGAUAAGAAAAUGAGGGGGAAUGGCCGUAUGUCCAACAAUAAGAUUUUAUUCUCACUCCCAGUCCCGGAACAACCUCGGGUUCUUGCUGAUUCCUGGUCUCCAUGGCCGUGGACGAGUUAUACUCUGCUCAACAACCUCUUCUUCUUUCCAAUGGAGCUCAUGAUAACAAGAAGAAUGUCAAGAUACGGGGCUUCUUCGUCUCAUUGGCUAAAUGGGCUCUCAAAUUUACUAUGUGGGUUGUAUUCGUUGCCUGGGUUGCUCUCUUUUUUCUGGUUCCUACAGACUUCGGGAGCGCCCUAUAUGAUGACUGGGUUGAUGCUACCAGUGGAACGCUGUUUGGGGAGACAGGGAGCGUCUUGCUGUUAUACAGCGGCCCCAUUGCAAUUAUUGUUUUCCUUGCUGUCCCAUAUCUUCUUAUCUCUGGGGAAGAGCAACAUGAAGAACUGCUGCAAGAGAAGAGGCCUCCAAGAUUCCGAUUGUGGACUUUUCCCGUUCUGGUGGAUGGACCAUUUGGGGUUGUUUCCGCUGCCGAGUUGAUUGGGAUAAUCCUCUUUGUUGUGUUUGUUCUCUGGGCUGUUUAUUCCUAUACUGUAGUGAACUUUGAAAUUUUACCUAGCUAUGGUGAUUUGACCCUCAAAGAAAAGAGGGUCUUUAUGUUGCAAAUGUCAGCAUAUUCCUUUGGCUUGAUUUCUUUAUCUUGCUUGGCCUUUCUCUUUCUCCCCAUCACCAGGGGAUCAAUUCUUCUCCGCCUUAUUGAUAUACCUUUUGAGCAUGCCACCAGAUAUCAUAUAUGGUUGGGAAAUCUCACAAUGUUCCUCCUUACUCUUCAUGGACUUUGCUAUAUGAUUGUAUGGGCAAUAAGGGGCAUCAUACCAUCUGAAAUUAUCGAGUGGAAAAGUGAUGGUGGUGCGAACUUUGCUGGGGUUAUCUGCUAUGUAUUUGGUCUGUUGAUCUGGGUGACUACACUACCUCCUGUGAGAAAGCGAUAUUUUGAGCUUUUCUUCUACACACAUCAGCUCUACAUACUUUUUGUCAUCUUCUUGGCCUUGCAUAUUGGUGAUACCAAUUUUAGCAAAGCUGCUGGAGGAAUAUUUCUAUUCAUGCUUGAUCGCUUUCUGAGGUUCUGCCAGUCACGGAAGACAGUCAAUGUAAUUUCAACAACCAGCUUUCCGUGUGGAACCGUGAAAUUGGUUCUUUCCAAACCUGGAAACGUGCCAUACAAUGCCCUCAGUUUCAUCUUCCUCCGAGUGCGGGAAUUAUCUUGGCUGCAAUGGCAUCCUUUCAGUGUUUCAUCAAGUCCUUUGGAUGGCAAAAAUCAUCUUUCGGUCCUUAUAAAGACUGUCGGGGACUGGACAACAAAGCUAAGUGGACAAGUCUCAGAUAUCGCUGACGAAUCUCAACUAGAGCUACCUGUCCAACCUCGUUCUCAGAUUAUGGCUUCUGUAGAGGGGCCUUAUGGGCAUGAAUCACCAUACCACUUGAUGUAUGAAAAGCUUAUAUUGGUUGCAGGAGGCAGUGGGAUCUCCCCAUUCUUAGCUAUAUUGAGUGAUAUUAUCCAUCUUUCUAAGGAGAAAAAACCUUGUCUACCAAGACAUGUUUUACUUGUUUGGGCCGUAAAAGGAUCAAAUGAGCUUUCUAUUUUUUCUGCAAUUGGCAUGGAGUCAAUCUGUCCAUUUUCCACUGAUGAAUUGAAUAUUGAAAUUCAAACUUAUGUGACGCAAGAAUCAGAGCCUUCAUUGGAGGAGGGUAAUCUUCACGAGCCUGCAAGCCCUUCACUUCUCUCAAUCGCCAAGGGAGGGAGCAUGUCAGUUUUGGUUGGUACUGGAAAUAAGAUAUGGGUUGGAAGUUAUGUUAUCCUAUCUACAAUUGGCUUUGUUAUCUCUUUGGGUUUGUUAGACAUCUGUUACAUAAAUCCUUUCAGUAUAUCAUAUUGGUGGUACAAAGGCCUUCUGUUUGUAGCAUGCAUGGUUAUAAGUACUUUCAUCUUUGGGGGCCUUGUGGUUGGUUUAUGGUGUCUUUGGGAAAAAAGGACCAUAGCCAGGGAAGAAGUUCAGGAAGAUGGGGAAAAGAUUGACAUGAUGCAGCAUAAUGCAGCGACAGACAAGAACUUAUGCCAGGAAACGCUUGCUAAUUCAUAUUCUGUUCGGUAUGGUUGCAGACCAGACUUCAGAGAAAUUUUUGGUUCAGUAUCAGAUGGUUGGGGCCAUGUUGAUGUGGGUGUCAUUGUGUGCGGUCCCCCAACUCUUCAGUCAAGUGUUGCUAAAGAGUGUAGGUUGCAGAAUCUGAAAAGAAGAAAGAAUGGCCCGAUCUUCCAUUUCAACAGCCAUAGUUUUAAUUUGUAGGGUCAUCAUCUCUUGGCAUGUUCGUAGGCCUAGUAAUUUUUGAACUUUUAUGACUCAAUGGUUUGUCUCUGCUGACAACCAUAAUUUCCUGUUCUCUUUCACACUUACCAUAUGCGGGGCAGUUGGCUACUGCCAGGUUUUGCAUGCUUGAUGUUAAAUGAUAUGCUAAAAUUUUCAAUGUAAAAAUCAAUUCAUAUAUUCAUUUUACUUGCUCCUGAUUUAUUAUCA